CCCGGUCGAAAUACCCGGUCGGGUAUUUUGGGUCUCGACCGGGUAUUAUCAAAACGCACGUUUCAUGCUAGGGGAAAAUCCCCAGUCUGCUCCAAUAAUCCCCGGUCGGGGAUUUAAGCUUCACGACCGGGACCCCUUCUGUUUCUCAGACGCCAAAAAGGGAAAUCCCCGGCCUCUUCAGAAAAAUACCCGGCCGGGUAUUUGUGGUCAUGGCCGGGUAUUUUCUUCCUCCAGCCCACUUCAAUCCUCGUUGCUCCUUUCGACCCGAAUCUCGUUCCUUCGCCUCGAUUCCAACGCCGGGUCCUGAAAUAUGACAUAAACACACAACCUCGCGUGAAAUCGGCUUAAAACCCGAGAAUUAAUCUUUCAAACGGCUCAAGAAUAGGGGUGAAAAUACGUGUAAUUAUCGGUCUAUCAGUGGCUGAAGAGGAUGUACAAAGAUGCGGGAGAGCCUAUUAAGUGGGAGCUGUGGGCGCGAUUUGGACCGAUGGAAGGAGAAAGAUGCGAUGAAGCUCUCUCUCGCAUUCGCCAGAAAGGGUCGCUCCGGGACUACCAGCGCGCGUUUGAAAAGCUCGCUAAUCAUUGCGUCGGCUGGAUGCAGCAGGCAUUGGUGGGAACCUAUCUGGGUGGCCUCAAGUUCGAAAUUGCGGAUGAGAUUCGCAUGUUUCGACCUCAAUCUCUCCGAUAUGCAAUAAGCUUGGCGCAGAUGAAGAGUGACCAGUUGUAGCGACACAAACCUCCAACAGGUCGCGCGACAUCCAAUCCGCUGCCAAUUACUAUGGCUGCAGGAUUUGGAGGUGGACUAGCGGGAGCGCGGGCUGCAACUAUGGCGGCGAGAGCAGAAACACCACGAGGGGCGAUAAGAGGCAGGCGGUUGACUUGGGAAGAACAAUAGUUGCGUCGAGCUCAAGGGUUAUGCUUCAAUUGUGACGAACGGUUUACCAUCGAGCACAAAUGCGGCACGGUCAAGAUUAUGUGCUUGUUUGAUGAGGAAGAGGCUGAAGUCAACCUUGGGGACAAGGUUGAAUUUGAAGGGGGAAGGAAUGAUAGCAACUCGUAGUCUAGCGGGCUUAGUUGUUAUUGACAGUUAUCGUAUUAUUAUUAUUAUUAUUAUUAUUAUUAUUAUUAUGUAUUGGAUUCGAGCUUGUUCGGUUAGUAUUAUUUUGUAGGAUAGGUCCUCGUACGUAACCCAUAAGGAGUUGGACUUCUUAAGGGUGGCAGAUUAGGGGUAGGGGCCGAGUGGCCUAGUCGGGUAUUAGGGUUUCUGCACUAUAAAUAUGUAUGUUCGGUGUUAGUAUCGAUUAUCAAAUUAAUAAACUAAAAGGUCUUUCGACACCUACGUCGUUCUCUCGCCUGUGAGUUACAAUCAAACCCUAACUCGGGAAAACGAGUUGCUAUCAUAGACGUGUGGCGUGAUAUAUAUUUGAAAAUAGAAAAUCUCACCAAAUUGAACCAUAUCCUGAAGCAUGUUGGGGAAGAAGGUGACCAAAAACAAAUUGCUUUGGAUAGAAGCGUUUCAACGCACAUCGCUUCAUUUGACCUCGAUUUACACUGCAUCGCAUUAACCAGCCACGACUAACACAAGUCGCUGGUUAUUGUCAACAUUUUUUCUUUCUCGAACCGAUGUUUUGAAAGUAACGAACAUUAAUUGCUUCUGGUUGUGAUAAUUUCUAUCGAUAAGUGCUUUCGUCAGCGACCCGCGUAAUAAAAUCUGUGAACUCCAGAGUGAUUGCAUUUUCAUUGUUUUUAUUGUAAGUGUAGUAUUGUAAGUUUUUUAUUUUUAGAAUUUAUGUAAUUUUGGCGGCAUUCCAGUUAGUUUAAGCUGAAACAAGCACCGCCUAACAAAUAAAUAAAGGGAAAAAAAAAACACCGCCCACAUGGAUAACCUUUUCUUUCCUAUGAUUAACAUGUUAUAUAUCUAAUCUAGAUGUUUUAGCUGGCAUAUAAAAUAAUAAAUAGGGUUGAAAAGCCCUCGUGAUUGCGGUGAAGGGCAGCAUCAUCAUAUGUCAUAUCUCACAUGUCCUGUAUACAAAAACAAAUCACACGCUUCCUUUUUGCAAAUUCAAUUUAUGUUAUGUGGGCAUGAAGCAGGAUUCAAUCACGGCGUAAGAAAAAGUCAAUGGUCGCUGUUAAGCCACAAUUAGGGAAAAGUAGGGAGGGAUUAGUUUAGUUAAUGCAUGGAUAUGAUAAUGGCCAACCCAACCGGACACCCAUUGUAGACCACAACCUUUCCUUUCCUUUCCCUUUGUCGUCGAGGGUCACACAGUUCAUGCUGGCCAAGGCCAACUACUUUUGUAAAAAUGAGCUCAGCCACUCAACGUUAAAAAUUGAUUGCCAACAAACAACGACCGACCAUGCCGUCCUCGUUUUCGCAAGGAGGGAGGCGAGGGAUCAUUUCUAAUUAAUUACAGAUGUCAACAAUUCAUGGAUCGUUCCCAACGUCUUUUGUUUGAGGAAUUAGGAUUGAUGUCAUAGGUUUUUUUCUUUUUCUUUUUUCUUUACCAUACAACUUGAAUGUGUACUUUUAAUGUUAUGGUAAAACUUCAAAUUGUGCGUAUACUCUUUUGUAUAAAUUCUUUUAUAGUACAACUUGAACUUGUACCUUUAUGUGAUGAUACAACUUCAAGUUGUACCAUAAUAUAAUGGUGCAAAAUUU